GAGGUUACGGACCAAUAGCGAGCCCUCUGGAGGAAGGAAACUUCUUCCCUCUGCUCCUUAUAAUCGACGGAGGAGCUUAAAAAAGUUUCAUUGGGCAUUUGAUUUUCCUCAUCUCUACAUCUCCAUUAAAGGUUCUCCCAUUAUGGACUCAGCGACCUUUCAUGUCCUAGCAUCUACUCACCAACAAGCCUGGGCUCCGAUGACGAGACCGGAUAUCGUAACACCCGGGUCCUGCCCAAGCCGUAGAUCGCUCCCCGUAUUUCGUCCCCAAGACCUACGUGUUAGUAACUCAAGAAGAACCAGUCGCCACCUCCAAUUUGUUCGAUGCUCCAUGAGGACUGGCGUCAAUAGCAACAGCCCGAGGAACAAGAACCCAGCUGUAGAAGUCGAUCCUGCCUCAAAAACCCGACGCUUGGCUGGCGGCCCUCCUCCCGACAGGGCCACAACGUCGACGAGCUCGAGGGGAUUGGUACUUGAUCUAGGUCCCGUGGACUCGUGGGACUGUGCAGAGAUAGGGUCGCCCGUGGUUAAGAGGUACAUUGGGGACAAUGAAGAAAGGUGGUACAUGUGGUACCAUGGGAGAUCCAUCAGUGAAGAAGGUACGGAUAGGGAUUUGAUCGGGCUCGCGACUUCGAGCAAUGGGAUUCACUGGUCGAGGGGGGAAGGGCGAGUGAUUCGGUCAUGCGGGGAUGCAGGGAUGGUGAUGGAAUGCCGGGACAAUUGGUGGGCUUUCGACACCGAAAGCAUAAGGCCGUCCGAACUGGUGGUAAUGUCGAGCCCGAUGUACAGUUCGGUUUACUGGCUCUAUUACACGGGAUACAGUUCUGACGAGGUGGACUUCCGGGUGGAGUCCACGAGCCUUCCUCUUAGCAACCCAGUGAGAUCUCUCCUUGGCGAAGAGCGGAAGAUCCUCCGGUCUCUCCCGGGCUUGGCAUGCAGCCAGGACGGGCGACACUGGGCUAGGAUCGAAGGCGAUCACCACAGCGGGGCCCUGCUUGAUGUCGGUUCCGGAAAUGAGUGGGAUUCUCUCUUCAUCGCAGGGGCACAGGUUGUAAUGCAUAGUAGUGAUGAUCUGAGGAUGUAUUAUCACUCAUUCGAUCGAGAGAAGGGGCGAUAUGCAGUGGGAUUCGCAAGGUCGAGGGACGGGAUCCGGUGGGUGAAGUGCGGAAAGAUAACGAUGGGAGGGGGAUUGAGCAGCUCUUUUGAUGAACUAGGAGUCAAGAACGCGCGUGUGGUGAGGAAUGCGGGAGACGGGACCUACCUGAUGGCAUACGAGGCAGUUGCAGCUGAUGGGAGGACGAGCAUCGCAAUGGCGGCAUCGGAGGAUGGGCUGAGGAACUGGAGGAGGCUCCAGGAAGGGCCGGCAUUGGAGGCUUCCGCCACGGACGGGUGGGACAACUGGGCAGUUGGGUCACCAUGUCUGGUCCCUAUGGAGGGUCAAGAGGACAAAUGGAGGAUGUACUAUGCCGGGAUCGGGCUGGGGGGAAGGACCGGGAUCGGGAUGGCGAUUUCCGAAGGAAGCGACGCGAGAAGUUUCCGGAGAUGGUCGGGAAUUUCUUUGUAGAAUUACCACAUGUAUAUAUACAGUUUGUUCACAACCUGCAUAUUUCAGUACAACAAUUCGAAGGGAAAAUCACGAGACUGUAGCUUAUGCCCUGCAUAAUGCUGACAAUCUAGAUUGAUUAACCGGCCGAGACGGACAACAGUAACAAUAGUCCACUUCGAUUUUUCCCUAAAAUCGAUCAUACAGUUCCAUGAUUGGUUAAUUUUACUAUAAUACUGUAUAAAGUUUGAACAUAAUGAAUUCCUAGUUUUUAUAUUCUAA